AACACCACGACUCCAAUGAUGCCAUAGCCCGGAAAGCAACAACAACCCCACGUGCCGGAGAUACACCGGACACUGGCUGCUUUGUCAAUCUUCACCCUCAUUGUCGUGAAUCUUGAAGGCAAUACCACUUGGCACUGUACCUGCAGCACGCAGAACGUGGGGUUUGCUGAUCCGGUAAAAGUUAGCCGCGGUGGACUUCAAGCGAUGAGAUCAAGAUAUAAUCCCAUUGACAACCCAGUGUCACCUCCAGCAUUCCCUUUCUUCGUCACCUCCAUCCUUCACCUCGUCCUCCUCUUCACCGCCCUCCCCUUCCAACCGGCGCAAUGCCCUCCACCCUCUCAACCCUAUGCUUGGUAGCUCUCGCAGCACCAGCCCUCGCCCUCCCAAGCCAUGGCGGACCAGGCAAAGACCAAUCCGGCAUCAAGCCCAUCAAGAGAAUCCAGCUCGGCCCCCGUCCCUACUGGCUAAUCGACCAAAUGGAGGACUCCCCCCUCAAGACCAAGCUCCAAUCCUGUUCAGAGAAGGAGAUGCGCCCAAGCCGUUGGAGCAUCGGCCACCGUGGCGGCGGCACUUUGCAGUUUCCUGAGGAGACGGAGGCGAGUAUCAUGGCUGGUACUCGUAUGGGUGCAGGAAUCGAAGAAUGCGACGUAACCUUCACCUCAGACCAACAGCUCAUCUGUCGGCACUCCCAAUGCGAUUUGCACACCACCACCAACAUCCUCACGAUCCCUUCGCUGGCCGCCAAGUGCACCGUCCCUUUCACUCCCUACAACGCCACUACCAAGCAAUCGGCAACAGCCAAGUGCUGCACCAGUGAUUUCACCCUCGCCGAGCUCACCGAAACCAAGGGGCUCUGUUCAAAGAUGGACUCCUCCAAUCCCCAGGCUACGACACCGGAGGAAUACCAGGGUGGCGUACCCGGCUACCGAACCACGCUCUACUCCGGCCCAGGCACCUGCCACAAGCUGUUGACCGUGAAGGAGUACAUCGCGCUCGUCGACACGCUAGGGCUGGACUUUACGCCGGAGCUGAAGACGCCGGAGGUCAAGAUGCCUUUUGGUUCGGCCAACUUUACGCAAGAAGCGUUCGCUCAGCAGUUGAUCGACGAGUUCAAGGAGGCGGAGAUCAACCCCAAGCGCGUCUGGCUACAGAGCUUCUUGUAUGACGACGUGUUGUACUGGCUGCGCGCCGAGCCGGAGUUCGCGAAGCAGGCUAUUCUUCUCGACCAGUCGGGUGAUGCUCCGAGCACCAUCUCCGCUGCCACUGCUUCCUUGACGAAGUAUGCCCAAGACGGCGUCCAGAUCGUUGCUCCUCCCCUCGAGUAUUUGGUGUCAACUGCCACCGACAAGGAUGGGAAGGUCAAGGUUGUUGCGAGCGAGUAUGCCAAGCAGGCGAAGAAGCUUGGGUUGAAGGUGAUCAGCUGGAGUUUGGAACGGUCCGGAUGGCUCGCGGAUAGUACCAAGGGAGGGUAUUAUUACUCGACGAUUGCGAAUGCCACGGCGGCGAGGGGAGAGGGCGUGGUGUUCGAGUUGCUGGAUGUUCUGGCAAGCAAGGAGGUCGGGGCGAUUGCCGUUUUCAGUGACUGGAGCGCGACGGUCAGUUACUAUGCGAACUGCUUUGGAUUGUUUCCUUGAUUUGGGGAUGGAAGGGCAUCACUCGUGAAGGGUUGCUCCUUUAUAUACCCACCAAUAUAAAGGCAAUGACAUGACAUCCCUCAAGGGCGAUACCGCUAAGCAAACCUUUGGACCAAUGGCUAAGUGGUCUGAGGAGACUCUGACUUGACCCGCAACCUUUAGGUCCAACGGCUCGUGACAAAGGAGCUAUGCCCGGUUCGCCGGCGCUAAUGGGCUUGUCAUAUUUGUAGUAUUGCUGAUAGCUCAGUAGGGUUAGGGUUAGGGUUAGGGUUAGGGUUAGGG